AUGGAAGAUCCAAUAUUAAUUGAUUCACAAGUUAAUAAUGUAUUAAAAUCACAAUCAGAAACAGAUGUAUAUUUAAAAUUGAAGAAAUUGGAGAAAGAAUUAGAAUUAUUAUUACUACAAGAAGAUUAUAUUAAAGAUGAGCAAAAACAUUUGAAGAGAGAAUUAGUUAGAGCACAAGAAGAAGUUAAACGUAUUAAAUCAGUACCAUUAGUUAUUGGUCAAUUUUUAGAACCUAUUGAUGAAGAUACUGGUAUUGUUUCAUCAACUACUGGAUCAAAUUAUGUUGUUCGUAUUUUAUCAACUUUAGAUCGAGAAUUAUUAAAACCAAGUUCAUCAGUUGCAUUACAUCGUCAUUCAAAUGCUUUAGUUGAUAUAUUACCACCAGAAGCAGAUUCAUCAAUUUCUAUAGUUGGAGAUGAACAAAAACCAGAUGUUACAUAUGCAGAUGUUGGUGGUCUAGAUAUGCAAAAACAAGAAAUUAGAGAAGCUGUUGAAUUACCAUUAACUCAAGGUGAUUUAUAUUCACAAAUUGGUAUUGAUCCUCCAAGAGGUGUAUUAUUAUAUGGACCACCAGGUACUGGUAAAACUAUGUUGGUCAAAGCUGUUGCAAAUUCAACCACGGCAAGUUUUAUUAGAAUUAAUGGUUCAGAAUUUGUUCAAAAAUAUUUAGGUGAAGGUCCAAGAAUGGUUAGAGAUGUUUUCAGAUUAGCAAGAGAAAAUUCUCCAAGUAUUAUAUUUAUUGAUGAAAUUGAUGCAAUUGCAACUAAAAGAUUUGAUGCUCAAACUGGUGCUGAUAGAGAAGUUCAAAGGAUUUUAUUAGAAUUAUUAAAUCAAAUGGAUGGGUUUGAUCAACAAACAACUGUUAAAGUUAUAAUGGCAACUAAUAGAGCUGAUACUUUAGAUCCUGCUCUAUUAAGACCUGGUAGAUUGGAUAGAAAAAUUGAAUUUCCAUCAUUAAAAGAUAGAAGAGAAAGAAGAUUAAUUUUUUCAACAAUUGCUUCAAAAAUGUCAUUAGCUCCCGAAGUUGAUUUAGAUUCUUUAAUUUUAAGAAAUGAUCCUUUAAGUGGUGCUGUUAUAGCUGCUAUAAUGCAAGAAGCUGGUUUAAGAGCUGUAAGAAAGAAUAGGUAUAUGAUUUUACAAAACGAUUUAGAGGAAGCUUAUACAUCACAAGUUAA